AUGCUUGCGGCUCUCCCCGUCGCGGCCCUUGCGCUUCUCGCCGCGCCCGUCUCUGCCGCCCCGGUCAUCCUCGCUGGGAGCUUCAUCAACAACAUCACCAUCUCGACGAGCAAUGUCGUCCAGUGCGGAAAGGCGACUGUGUCGUGGACCAACACUGUGGGCGAUGUGACCCUCACGAUCGCGACGGGGGGCUACUAUGACAACGAAAAGGUGAUCGACACCAUCUCGAGUCUGUCGGGGUCGUCGACCACCUGGCUCGUCAACCAGGCGUCGGGCUCGGCCACUCUCAUGUUCCAGGUGACCGACUCGCAGGGCACGACCAACUAUGUCCAGGGCGUCGCCAUCGGUUCAUCGUCCGACUCGUCGUGUCUCGCUGGCGGCUCGGCGUCGUCGGAUGCCCCGUCUUCGUCGUCGUCGUCGUCGUCGCAGGACUCGCUGUCGGCCGGCUACACGAUCCAGACAUCGCCUGCCGAGCCUACCACCGCUGGAUCCGGUGGAGACUCGACCACGACCACGACCCCGGCCCAGGCCGCCGCCUCAUCACCCGCCGCCGCAUCCGCUGACACUAACACUGGCAACACGGCUGCAGGCGCAGCCGAACCAAGUGCAGCUGGUACGUCCGCUGCUGGACCGGUCGUCGUUACCGUCGUCGCCUCCCCGUCACCUACAGCUGCCCGGCCCACUCCGGCAGUCUCCGUCGUCACGACCAUCACCGAGUCAUCGGCGGCCACACCCACGGCCGCCAACGCCGCCAACACGGCCGCGUCGUCGACCCAGAGCCAGACUCAGAGCCAGAGCCAGGUCUCGGACGUUGUCGUCGUCGUCACCAUGACCGGCACCGGCACCGGCUCGUCGGGCGCCGCGCCCGUCCUCGUCACGUCCACGGUCAAGGCCAACACCACCACGGCCGUCGCGGCCGGAAGCCUCGCCAGCAGCCCGGCCCACCCCAACGCGCGUGCCGCUGGCGGCGUGCUUGCACUGGCCCUCGGUGCGGCGGCGCUCGCCUUCUAG